UUAACAAAUAGUUGUCGAUCUCGAUCUCAAUCUCGAUCUCGUUUAUUUGUGAAAAAGAUGUCUUUGUCCGGUCUAGAGGUUGCUGUGAUCGUCAUCGGCGUGGUGGCUUUGUUGACCCUGCUGUUGCUGCUUCUUGUCUACUGCCGUCGAAGUUUUCCAACAAAUCCUAAAAUAUUGCAGCCGCGGCCACCACCACCGCCGCCUCCACCACAACCUCCACCGCCGCCGCCACCACCUCCGCCGCCUCCACCGCCACCUGGAAUUGCCUUUACUUAUGAAGAGCUAAAAAGGGCAACAGAUGGGUUCUCUGAUGCUAAUCUACUCGGAGAGGGUGGUUUUGGGUAUGUGCAUAGAGGAGUGCUUCCAAAUGGUAAAAAUAUUGCGGUCAAGCAAUUGAAAUCCGGAGGCAUGCAGGAGGAGCAAUUGAAAUCCAGAGGCAAGCAGGAGGAGCAGGAGCGUGAGCGUGAGCGUGAGUUUCAGGCAGAGGUUGAGAUUAUUAGUCGUGUGCAUCACAGACAUUUGGUCUCAUUGGUUGGAUAUUGCAUUUCUGGAAAGCGGAGACUGCUUGUCUGUGAGUUUGUUCCUAACAACACAUUGCAUUUCCAUUUGCACGGGGAAGGUCGACCAACUAUGGAUUGGCCUACGAGAUUAAAAAUUGCAUUAGGAUCUGCUAAAGGAUUGGCCUAUUUGCAUGAGAAUUGCAUUCCUAAGAUUAUUCAUCGUGAUAUUAAGGGGACCAAUAUUCUUCUUGAUUUUGACUUUGAGGUGAAGAUUGCAGAUUUUGGACUUGCAAAAGUUGUACCUGAUAACAACACUCAUGUUACAACCAAAAUCAAGGGAACUCAUGGGUAUUUGGCACCGGAAUAUUUUUUUUCUGGCAAGCUAACAGAUAAAGCAGAUGUCUACUCCUUUGGGGUCAUGCUUCUGGAGUUGAUCACAGGAAGCCUGCCUGUUGACAGCCAAGAUAUUGAUGAUAGCUCGGUUGCUAUGCUCAGUUCCUCGCUCGUAAGUGCUUUAGAUGAAGGCAAUUAUGAGCUUCUCGUGGAUCCAAGGUUGGGGAAGAACUAUAAUCCUAAUGAAAUGGAACGGAUGGUCGCUUGUGCUUCUGCUUGUGUUCAUUACACUGCAAAGCUUCGACCUCGAAUGAGUCAGGUGGUAGGAGUAUUGGAAGGACAUGCAUCUGUUGAAGAUUUGAACAAUGGUGUUCCACCCGGCCUGAGUAGAAGCUACAAGCCUACAGCUACUGAAGAGUGAGGGCCUGGAAAACUUAAGAAGAAUGGUAUUUGGGCUGUAAAGUAAACAUUCUCACAUGCCAUUGUUAUCAAGCAUUAAGGUAACAUUUGAAUUGAAUUAAUCAUUCCCCUCUGUGAUGAUUACUAAGAGGGGGAUAUAACUCCCCUCACCAAGGUAAUAACCAUUACCCCCAAUAUUGGGGUAAUGGCCAUUUUUCUCUUAAUUUAUUUUGUGAUGAUUUUAUCUUGUAUUUUGCAUAAUUAUUUUUUUAAAACUUUUUUUGUAACAGCUUACAAAAUUAAACCUUUGGGAUGAGUA